UUGGCCUUUUGUGCUUCUAAAGUGGAUUUUCCUGCCAUCAGUGUUUAUGAAAUCUCCGUCGUGCAUUAAAUACGACUAAGCGGGAUUACCCAGUCGACUCGCUCGCCCGCCCGGUCAGGGCGCAUGCGUACGCUUUUGACAGCGGUGCCCUGAACGACGACCAAGCCUAGGGACGCCGUCCGUCCUCAAGACGCCACCAUGGACCACGGCAGAGGCAGACGAGGAACCGACGGCUCCUUCAAGCGCUCGUCCGUGAAACGCAGCGCCUCGUCCGGAUCGCAGAGAGUGCACAGAGCUUGGAUCGAGAAAACCUUCCAGAAGCGAGAAUGCGUGCACAUCGUUCCAGGAAAAGACAGCAGCAGGUGCGGCUGCGGCCAGGCGGUGACGCAGCACUCGCUGGGCGGGCGCGAGGAAGAGGCGGCGGAGGGCGGCGGGCCUCCGCCGCCAUUGGAGCUCCGAGCGCCAUUGGAGCGCUGGAGUCCGCUCAAACACACCCGGGCCGCCCCCACCGACGCGUACGGCGUGCUUGAGUUUCAGGAGGGAGGUCACGUCAACAAGGCCAUGUACAUCCGCGUGUCGUUCGACUCCAAGCCCGAGUGCCUGCUGCAGCUAAUGGUGAAGGAGUGGUCGCUGGAGCUACCCACGCUCCUCAUCUCGGUCCACGGCGGCCUGCAGAACUUCGAGGUGCCCCCCAAGCUGCGGCAGGUCUUCGGACGAGGCCUCAUCAAAGCCGCCGUCACCACUGGGGCCUGGAUCUUCACCGGAGGCGUCAGCACUGGCGUGAUCCGCCACGUGGGCGACGCCCUGAAGGAUCACUCGUCCAAGUCUCGGGGCAAAGUGUGCGCCGUGGGCAUCGCGCCGUGGGGCAUCGUGGACAACAAGGACGAUCUCCUGGGCAGAGACGUGUCGCGUCCAUGCGGGACGCUGGGCAACCCGCUGAGCAAGCUGGCCACGCUCAACGCCAGCCACUCGCACUUCAUCCUGGCCGACGACGGCACCGCCGGCAAGUACGGCGCCGAGGUGCGACUCCGCCGGCAGCUGGAGAAGCACGUGGCGCUACAGAAGAUCAACACGCGUUUGGGUCAAGGUGUCCCCGUGGUGUGCCUGAUUCUGGAGGGCGGGCCUAACAUCAUCUCGGUGGUCCUGGACAGCUUGCGGGAGGACCCGCCCGUCCCCGUGGUGGUGUGCGACGGCAGCGGGCGAGCCUCCGACAUCAUCUCCUUUGCGCACAGAUACUGCCACCUCGACGGGUCGCUGAGCGAGGGCGUGAAGGAGCAGCUGCUGGUCACCAUUCAGAAGACGUUCAACUACGGCCGCAGCCAAGCGCAGCAGAUCUUCCUCAUGGUUAUGGAGUGCAUGAAGAAGAAAGCUUUGAUCACCGUCUUCCGGAUGGGCGGCGAAGGCCAGGAGGACAUCGAGAUGUCCAUCCUCACGGCGCUUCUCAAAGGCACAAACGCCUCGGCGUGCGACCAGUUGAGCUUGGCCUUGGCGUGGAAUCGCGUGGACAUCGCCCGCAGUCAGAUCUUCGUGCACGGACACCACUGGCCCCCGGUGACCUCCAGCGAGCGUCCCAAAAGCCCGGCGGCUGUGGCGGCUGUGGCGGCUGUGGCGGCUGUGGCGGCUGUGGCGGCUGUGGCGGUGACCCAGCGCGCCGCCAAAGGGAAGGCGCAAGGGAAGAAAGGAAAAGCGGGGAAAGCUAAAGCGGAAGCCCCGGAGGAGACGGACCCCCGGAAGCUAGAGCUGCUCAGCUGGGUCAACUCUCUGGAGCAGGCCAUGAUGGACGCCUUGGUGUUGGACCGCGUGGACUUUGUCAAACUUCUGAUUGAGAACGGCGUCAACAUUCAUCGCUUCCUCACCAUCCCCCGCCUGGAGGAGCUCUACAACACGAAGCUGGGACCCGCCAACACGCUGCACUUUGUGGUCCGAGACGUCAAGAAGGGGAACCUCCCUCCGGACUACCAGAUCACCUUGAUCGACAUCGGAUUGGUUCUGGAGUUCCUGAUGGGCGGAGCUUAUCGCUGCAACUACACCCGCAAGAACUUCAGGGCGCUCUACAACAACUUGUACGGCCUCAAGAGGCCCAAAGCCCUGAAGCUGCUGGGCAUGGAGGAUGACGAGCCUCGUCCCAAGGGCAAGAAGGUCAACAACAAGAAGAAGGAGGAGGAGGUGGAGAUGGACGCGGACGACCCCGAGCUGAGCCGCUUCCAAUACCCCUUCCACGAGCUGAUGGUGUGGGCCGUGCUGAUGAAGCGCCAGAAGAUGGCGCUCUUCCUGUGGCAGCGCGGAGAGGAGGCCAUGGCCAAAGCCCUGGUGGCCUGCAAGCUCUACAAGGCCAUGGCCCACGAGUCGUCCCAGAGCGAGCUGGUGGACGACAUCUACCAGGACCUGGAGAACAACUCCAAGGACUUUGGGCAGCUGGCCUACGAGCUUCUGGACCAGUCGUACAAACGCGACGAACAGGUGGCCAUGAAGCUGCUGACCUACGAGCUGAAGAACUGGAGCAACUCCACCUGCCUGAAGCUGGCCGUGGCCGCCAAACAUCGAGACUUCAUUGCGCACACGUGCAGCCAGAUGCUGCUGACCGACAUGUGGAUGGGAUGUCUGCGCGUGGGCAAGAGCAACAGCCUCAAGGUCAUUUUGGGAAUCGUCUUCCCUCCCGCCAUCCUCCUGCUGGACUUUGGCCUGGGCGACGAGUCGUCCUUCCACCCGUGCAAGGAGAGCGAGGGCGUCGCGAGCAAAGACGACGACAGCAAGUCGGGCAAAAUGGCCGCCGCCGCCGCGUCCACGCCGGACGCCGCCGUGUCCAAGAAAGGAGACGAGGAGGACGGCCGGAAGAAGGGCGGCAGAAGGAUUCCCAUCGGCAGGAAGAUUUACGAGUUCUACAACGCCCCUUUCACCAAGUUCUGGUUCAACACGAUCUCGUACCUGGUCUACCUGAUGUUGUACAACUACAUCAUCCUGGUCAAGAUGGAGCGCUGGCCCUCCCUCCAGGAGUGGAUCGUCAUCUCCUACAUCAUCACGCUGGGCCUGGAGAAGGUCCGGCAGAUCUUGAUGUCGGAGCCGGGCAAGCUGAAGCAGAAGAUCAACGUGUGGCUGGAGGACUACUGGAACCUGACGGACCUGGCGGCCAUCUGGGUCUUUGUGCUGGGCCUGCUGCUGCGGCUGCACCAUGAGCCCUACAUGGGCUACGGCCGCGUCAUCUACUGCGUGGACAUCAUCUUCUGGUACAUCCGCGUGCUGGACAUCUUUGGCGUCAACAAGUACCUGGGGCCCUACGUCAUGAUGAUUGGCAAGAUGAUGAUCGACAUGCUGUACUUUGUGGUGAUCAUGCUGGUGGUCCUGAUGAGCUUCGGCGUGGCCCGCCAAGCCAUCCUCCACCCGGACGAGGAGCCCACCUGGCGCCUGGCGCGCAACAUCUUCUACAUGCCCUACUGGAUGAUCUACGGCGAGGUGUUUGCCGACUCCAUAGACCCUCCGUGCGGGGACAACUUGUACGACGAGGACGGCAAGAAGCUUCCUCCGUGUAUUCCCGGCGCCUGGCUGACGCCGGCCAUCAUGGCCUGCUACCUGCUGGUGGCCAACAUCCUGCUGGUCAACCUUCUCAUCGCUGUCUUCAACAACACGUUCUUCGAGGUCAAGUCCAUCUCUAACCAAGUGUGGAAGUUCCAGCGCUACCAGCUGAUCAUGACCUUCCACGAACGGCCCAUCCUGCCCCCGCCCCUCGUCGUCUUGCCUCACGUCUUCAUCGUCCUCAAGCGGCUCUGCUGCCGAUGCCUCCGCCGCCGUCGGCCGCCGCGACGCGACGCCGACCGGGACGACACCCAGAGACGCCUCCAGCUUCUGCUGGGCACAGACGAGUUGAAGAGUCUCCACGAGUUUGAGGAGCAAUGCGUGGACGAAUACUUCCGAGAAAAGGACGACGAGAAGCAGUCGUCCAACGACGAGAGGAUCCGAGUCACCUCGGAGAGAGUGGAGAACAUGUCCAUGCGCCUGGAGGAGGUGAACGAGCGCGAGCACGCCAUGAAGGCGUGCCUGCAGACGGUGGACCUGCGCCUGGCCCAGUUGGAAGAGUUUUCGGCCCGCAUGAUGACCGCCGUGGAGAAGCUGGCGGGCGUGGAGCCCGACCGCCGCGGGGGAAGCGUCCCGGGCUCCUCGGCUGGCGACGCGUCCCCCCGCCGCCGUUGCGGCAGCUUCGGCAGCGCGGACGACGGCAGCCUCUAUCGCUACCGGCUGGAGCACGACCCCGCCAGUCCCGAGAGAGGAGUCGGCGCGCCGAGCCCAGGGCCUUUGUCCGAAGUGGACAUCCUGGUUUGGCCGUGCGAGGGCGCCCACGGCGAGGAAGCGGACGACGUCGACGACAGGAAGUUCCCGGCGCUGCGCUCCAAAAGUCUUAACAGCGGCAAGAAGCCCCUGUCGCCACGCACGGCUGACACGCCGCGCCCUGCUGACACGCCGCGCCCUGCUGACACGCCGCGCCCUGCUGACACGCCGCGCCCUGCCACCAGCCUGGUCGACCUUGUCCACGUGGGCGCUCCACUGGGCUAAAUAUAGAUAUAGAUACUUUUUUGUAUUAUGACUUUCUGUAUUUCUGUACCUAUACAUGGCUGUCUUCCUGCUUGCACUGACGAGCAUUUUUGCAAGUUCUUCUUUCUCUCAGGACUCAGAAUCAUUGAAAAGGGAAAAAAAGGUGCUUUCUACAAAUUGGAAGCCCCAAGUACCAAAAGCACCUUGACACCCUCAACGACUUGACAGACGAACAUAUCCUGCUCGCUCCGCACUUGUGCCCCCCCCCAAUCGAGCCAAACGCGAGCUCAACUCUUAAUUCUUUGAAUGUCAUUUUGAAUUUCUGAUAGAAGAGUAGCUAUUUUAUUUUAUUCUUAGUAUUGCGGUCUUUGUCAGUGUUGACAUUAAAAGGCUUAAAAAGAGAA